AUGGCGUCCACGACCCUCGCUCGACCCGACGACGAAAGGAACUCGCUCGCCAUCUACGGCUACCCCGUCGCGCAGUCUGUCUCGCCGAAGAUCUUCAACCACUUGUUUCCACUCCUAGGUCUCCCUCGACACAAGUAUAAAGCCGUUGAGUGUCGCUCCCUGGACGAAUCAGGGAACGCAUGGGAAGAAGCAGUGAAGCUGCCGGACUGCUUGGGAACUUGCUUGACGAUGCCGCUCAAGCUGCAGGCGCUGCGAAAAGUCGACGAGCUGACACCUGACGCGCGAGCAACCGGCUGCGUUAACACCACCUUCUUCCGCCCUUGCCCGACCUCCUCUUCCACUCUCCUUUAUGUCGGCACAAACACGGACGCAGCCGCCGUCUCGAACGUCCUCCUCUCUUCCUUACUUGGCGUCUCGACUCCUCUGCCAGCUUCUGCACCUCAGCAGUUCAAGCACGGGACGGCAGGAGCUUUUGUCGUAGGCGGAGGAGGAGCAACUCGAGCAGCCAUCUGCGCGCUCUCGCGCCUCAACCUCUCGCCAAUCUUCAUCGUCAACCGCGACCCAUCCGAGACCGACAAGGUCGUCCAGGGCUUCCCAGAUGUCGACCUGCGGCCUUUACCGACAGUCGAGCAUGCGCGACGGGAAAUGGAGGAUCUGCGGAAACGAGAUUUGCGGCUAGUCUGCGGUGUUGGCGCAAUACCGUGCGAGCCGCCCACAAGCGAGGAGGAGAAGCGGGUUUACGAGGUUGUCAUUGAAAUUUUUGCGCUGGCAGGAGGAAAGGGACUUGAGACGGAGCGGAUGGAGCGGGACAAAGGAUGCCUGGCGUUGCCAAUAAAGCCUGUCUUUGUCGACAUGGUGUACAAGCCGCCCAUGACAACACUUCGGAUACUGGCAGAAGAGCGUGACUGGACGACCGUCUGCGGUACAGAGGUGGUGCUUGAGAACUGCUUCGAACAGUGCAAGCUGUGGACGGGCAAAGAUGUCCCUUCCGAAGCGAGGGAGAGCGCCAGAGCGUUGCUGGCUGAAUAG